AUGCGUGGUCACGGUACUUCGGUAAUGCCAAUAACGGCUGGAUGUCGGAAAGACAUUGAACGUUUAUUAAAGUUGUACAAAGAGAAUGAAACACUUCGAUAUAAACCAUUUAUUGAAUUGUUCGACAAGAUGAAAUUCGCGACAAUAUUUAUGGGUCGUAUGAGUCCUGCUGAACUCUAUGAAUUCAGUGAAAAAUUGCUUCAAAUAACAAUUUCGUAUGCUAUGUCAUAUCGUGAACGAAAACCAGCUGAAUACGCCGAAGAAUCAGCAGCAGAUAAUGAGCCUAUGUCACUUUCAGAUAUACGAUUUAGCAAUGAAAUGACUUUGCAGGAACGAAUGUUCGGCAUAUACUUAACAUAUGCGCUAUAUUUUGUACAGCCAGAAAGUUAUGUAGCACAGGUGCGAGUUACACCUGACCAGAUGGCCGAUUUGAUUGAUUUCGUCAAUGAGUGUAUAAUUCCAGAACGUCAUAUCGAUGCAUUUGCUGCUCUAUUCAAACUUAUCAAUGGAGGAGCAUUCCGCAUAUACGCUUUUGAAAAAGAACACAAUCCAUUGUUGCAUCGUCGCUUUGAUUUAAUGGAAUUAGAUGAAGGCGGUUUGGAUGAGACUGAAACACAGGAACAUAGUUUUCUGAAAGCACUCGGUGAUGAUGUUGUACUUACACAAGCAGAUAUCAUUUGUAAACGAUAUCUUGCUGCGAAGGAAAAAGCCAGUCUUCCGCCUGAUCUAAACAUAAAUUUAAUUCAAACAACAGUAUUGGAAAUUUAUAAUGACAUUUUAAGAAGCACGGGAACAGAAAUGGGAGCAAAUUUGUCACCGAAAAAAACGCCUCGUCAAAAUUCGGGUUGCUUUCGCUCAGCACUUAAAGAGAAAGCUUAUAAAUCACAUAUUAUUCACGCUCGACAUCGACGAUAUCUUGUGGAUCCGUCAGUUUGCUCAACAAGCAGUGAAACAGAACAAAUGCAGAAUAUGGUUUCUGCAACACAGAUGCUGCAAACACUGAAGCGUUACUCAAAGGAUGGAUUCGACAAAAGCAUAGAAGGUGAAGAUGUGAGUGAUGCUUUAUUACUUUCUGGAAAGAAACAGCUAAAUGAAAGCGGACCGUCGACUGGAUCGAUUAGAGCAAAUAAAAAAUUGGGCAAAUCAUUAGAAGUAACGAAGAAAGAAGCAGGUGGGAGGAAAAGAAGAAGUAAACUGAGUGUCUCGGAAAUGUCGCUUACUGAGUUAACUCAAAAUCUUGGAGAAAGUGUUGCAGCUAUGACUCAAGAAGAAAGAGAAAUCGAAAACUUUAAGAAAGAACGAAUUGCUGAUCGUCUGCUAGAAAAAAUCCAGAAAGCUCAGGAGAAAAGUGAGAGAUGA